AUGGUGUCGCGGAGAACCGUGAAAGAUGGGGAGAAGUUUCUAAGCCAGAACGAAUCACCCGGAUUCUCAGGUCAGUCAGAUUCGACUGUUGAGCUGGCACCAAUCCAAUCCAUCUCCGCCGAUAUAACCUCUGAACCCCAGAAGCAGGCUUCUGAUGAGUGCCUCCAGCUUCAUACGAAACAAUUUGAGACUGGUCCCGGCGUGCAAACCCUGGAAGCGAAAACACUACCAAAGCUUUCAAGAUCUGUGAUUCAGAGGAGAGAUCCAGGACAAGAUACGCGUACAGCCGCCGAAUGGCGUCCUUUCUGGCUGCGGUGCGCUCUUCUUGGCCCCUUUUGCAUUUUCUUUCUCGCCUGUGCCAUCACCCUUCCUGUGAUGCUACACUUUUCACAAAAGAACCAGGGACUUGGCAUCGUUCGUCAGGAUCUAGGUCAGCUAUGGAGGUUUGGACAGACUGCGAGUAUGUUUGUGCCAUGGCAUAUCAUUCAAUGCCUUUUUGUUUCUGAUCUAUUGCCUUCUACUUUUAGUACUCACCGUUGUCGCGGCUCUUUGGGCGCGCGUCGAACUACAAGCAAUGCGAUUUAUGCCUUGGGUCGCUAUACAACCCCAACGCAAGCGAAGAUUAUCUCACGAGGAAUACACACUCGACUAUACCUCUAUGCUGCCUCACGAGGUACUUAUCAAAUCAUUGGGCAACAGGCACUUCUUCGUCUUCUUCGCUGUCGUUUGCUCGAUUUUUAUAAAGGUUCUAGUGAUUCUAUCAGCCAGUGUUUUCGAGCUUUCAUACAUUCAAGGCGCACAUCCUGUUGAUUUGAGAACGCUCGAUGCGUUCAAUGUCCUUACAACAACCCCCGAGUCACGAUCUAUUUCUCUCUCCACCCGAGGACUUUACUCAGAUGUGUCAUCUUCACAAGCCAACAUCUCUGUAACAACUCCAUUCUUUCACGCACGAGCACUUCAAGACUUCAAUAUGAGUUUCCCGUUUGGAGUUUCCGAGCUAGGUGCAUAUCAGGCUUUCAUGCAGGCAGCGAAUGAUGAAGCACGUGGAAGUAUCAAUUCACCAGUGACGGCCACAGUAGACGGCCUAUUUCCUGAGACGGAAUGCCGCCUCCUCCAAAGCUAUAAAUUUAACAACAUCACGGAAGAAGAGCGAAAAUCCGAGAAUGGAUCUAUACCUACUGUCAGCUUGCAAUUCGAAGGCUGCCCCGAAACAGACAUACGCGUCAACGUCUCGAUCGUGCGCUUGGAUUAUCAAAUAACCCGCUGGACAAUCGCAAAAUCUUUUACAAGUGGCAAAAGAUGCUCUUCGUUAAAUCCUGAGUAUGAACAGUUCUAUUACGUUGCAGAGUCUUGGAAUACAGCCCGAAAUUCCAACUUCAUGCCCAUACAGAGCUUGGACAAGGUGGCCGCUGUGCUCUGCUCGGUAGGCCUUCGGUCAUCAAGAGUAGACAUAACAGAUGACGGUAUCGAUCCAGUCUUAAAGAUGUCACCAAAUCAGCAUGGCACGCCCGUUAAUAGCCACUUCUGGUCCCUUUUGACCGAGUCUAUACCAGUAUCAAAGGGACUUUGGGACAACAUAACACGAACCGCGCCAUAUGGACCUAUCGUUGCAUUAGCCAAUUUCAAGAAGACGACGCCACAGCAACUAGGAUCAUCCCUCUAUGAGAGCAAAAUUCUACAGGAAGUCGUUUCGAAUCUCACAGAAAAUAUUGGCCCUUUUGUUGCGCACUAUCACUUCAAGCAAAACCAGAACCAAACUAUUACCGGUUCAAUUGUCAGACAAGCGCCGCGGCUCAAAGUGACACGCAGCAUCUGUAUCGCGAUGGCAGUCCUUUUCGGCACCUUAGCUCUUAUCGCGGCCUGGAUGAUACUCACAUCUCGAGGCACGUUUGGAGCUUGGCCCAGGAAUCCCACCACAAUACUAGGAUCGACGACCUUCUUUUCAGACAAGGAAUUGAAUGCGGCACUUAUGCCGGACGACGCGCAGAGCGCCAAAGACGAAUGGGCCCGUACUCAAGAUAGCCCCUUUGCUCUCGAGACUUGGCUUCGUGCUUUGUUUUCUGCCUACGCCCUAGCACUCAUCAUCGCCCUUGCAGUCACCCUACGAAUUUCAGAAACUUCCGAUGGAAUCGCUACUGUCCCUAAUGGCACCUUAGCUAUUUGGUGGAAGUCAAUUACUGCAUUGGCGAUGUUCCUGGUUGCAUUGUAUACUGCUUCGGCUGCAAUGGCGGUGCGGGAUCUUGGUGUUCUGUUCCAACUCUCGAUAAAGUCAUGCAGUAUUCGGGACAUCGACAUGUCCUUCUUGGAUAUGUUUGGCCCCCAAGCGCUAUAUCACUCCUUUAGACUGUGGAAUAUGUCAAUCAUUCUGCCCCAGCUCCUCGCUAUUUCUUGUGCGUUCUUGACAACCUUGUCAACGAUCCUAUUCACCUCGGAGCUGGCUCGAAACACCACGACAGAAAUAGCAAUUCCGGUGGGAGAUAGAUUCACAACCCACACGCAGCAGGGACUUUCUGCCAUGGACAACUAUACAGCUAUCCUGGAUAGUAUCGGUGCUUUGAUUGUGUCGAAAGAAAAAUCCAACCUCAUCUGGCCCGAGAACACAUACAAGGAUUUAAUAUUUCCUCGUCUCGAGUUGAGUAACCUCCAAGACCAGAAUUGGAACAACGACAUGUCAGUCAGUGUCGAAAUGGCAGCGGUGAAAACUUUCCCCGAAUGCCAUCGAGUCCCCGACGAGGAGUUCAAGGCGAAUGUGAAUUUCAGAGCCAAGUCAGGGCAUCUGCCCAAUACAAAUUUCAGUUACUCGAGACGUCACUUGCGGCAAUGGGACUAA